CUGUGCAUCUUUCAAUGCCAAAUUAGUACAUUGUAAAAUUUUGAAAGUGCUAUCUAUGAGUGCUAUCACAAAGUAUGGUGAACAGCUUUCAAAUUGUUGAACACAUAUAUCAGCCGUUCCAAAACAUUGGAAGGUUAUUAUGGAUUAUCCCAGCUUCAGUUUCGAAUACAUGGAUGCGUCGUUAUUUAAUUUUCUAGAGGAGACUUUGAGCCGAGUUUCACCACUGCCUGUCAACAAGGACGCACAUGUUGAUGUCAAGAAUACAUCCACCGGACAAAGGCUGACCCCUUGUCCGUCCUCUCAGCUCAAUUACACAGAUGGUAAGGUGGGUGGCCUUGAAAGAUGCACAUAUACUAGAGUUGAGACAGUGAGUGAGGCGUCUAUCAUUGGAGGUUGUAUGACCACACUGGUAGGAACACACGAAGGAAUAGUGACUUCAGAUGAUGGCAUACAUAGUAUCAUAGUCGAACAGGAAAGCACAGCAAAUUCAGGUCAUGAAUUGGAUUAUCCCACCGUCUACACCCUAGAAGCACCUUCUGUUACCAUGGCUACGAGUGAUGUUAAUGGAGUACAAUAUGAAAAAAACUCAGAUUUGUUAAACAUCUGUCAAAAUUCUUCUGGCAGCUUUAGUGUUAGUACAAAUGUGUCCCGAGAAUUAAACACUUCUAGGCAAGGGGAAGAUCACGUGGUUUAUACCACUGGACAUGACUACUAUUCUAUAACUCCUGGGCAAAACCUACACCAUUCACUAACUGAGCCUUCCUACAUGUCUAGUGAGCCUCAAGAGGCUGUCUUUUUAAUGGGAGAAAAUGAAAUACAUUCCACUGAACCUUUAUGUAGCAGUAUUUUGGAAACCACAACCUCAGAGCAUGACAUAGACCAGGUAUUAGAUCUCAUCAUCGAUCACAGUCAUGACAUUCCAGCAACAAACCAGACAGGUAGUGAUAUUUCUCAUCCACUUUCAUCAAGUUUUACACUACCACAUUUAUCAGGACCGCCUCCUGCGGAAGACUAUAAUUCAAAAGUAAAGCCCACAGAAAAGAGGCGACGAAGACGGGAGAAGAACCCAGACCCACCUCCCGAGGCGAUACUGCCUCCGUGUAAAGUAUGUGGUGAUAAAUCAUCGGGAUAUCAUUACGGCACAAACACUUGUGAACCAUGCAAGGCAUUUUUCCGACGCACAUUGAAGAAGAAAGAGGUUGACUACAAGUGUAAAUGCUGCCGUGAUGAGCAGGAGAUAUGGAAAAAGGGUCACUACAAGAACGGCUGCUCAGCCUGUCGCUACGAGAGGUGCCUCGCCGUCGGCAUGUCCAAAAACGCAAUCAAAAUUGGAAGAUAUACAAACAACCAUAAAACAAGCAAUAUAAAACAAGUGAAAAGCCUGGAGUCCAGAAAAAGAACCAGUCAAGCCGACGGAGCAGACAACAGUCCGGUGAACCUUGUGACCAGUCCACAAUCUCCUCAAGAGUCCCAAGGAACCAAUCUUGAUGCCCAAGAUCCACUACCAGGACCAAGUGGCUGUGGCACAGAUGACUCUCAAGCAGCGAGAAGCUUGUUUGAGAUCGGUCUUUCCAAGGCGAUAUCACACACCAGUCCACUGUCCAACGUUGACCUGUCAUCUCCUAGACCAUCUGCCACCUCCUCGUCCGCCCUAGAGUCAGACUACGCUCUCAGCCCAAACUCCCCCAUCGCUUCGCUAGAACCCUCAGGUUCUCAGGGUCGGCCGUUGGCAUCCACCUGCACUACUCCCUAUUAUUUAAAAUCUGGGAUGACACUGAAAGAGAUCGACACUACAGUUAAGAUUGUUACAGAGGCUCACCGGAGCACAGGGUUGAUCCCGAAACAAUCAGCUGAUGAGGUCAAGAGGAAGCAGGCUGAAUAUCUGGAGAAGUACAAAUUGAAGACACAGCUGUUCGGGGAAAUGAGAACCAUUUCCCGGGCCGAGUUUGCAGAGUUUUAUAAGGCCACAGGACUUGAUUUAGAUGGCCGUCGUGAGAGAAUUAAUGCGGCCAUGGAUCAUUUCCAGAAGAGAAUCACAUUGUUUGUGGCGUUUGCAAAAGCCAUACCAGGUUUCAAUGAGUUGUGUUUGGACGACCAGUUAUCCUUGAUCAAAGUGUCCAGAUUUGAAUCUAGCCUUAUUAGUGCCUACAAGCAAAUGCUGGUCAACUUUAAUCAGUCCACUGAAGUAGCGGUCACUCCAUGGGGUGGGACAUUUCACCUGAGCGAGCUCCAAGGCUUUCUUCCUUUAGACAUUCUUAAGUUAAGAUUCAAGAUGGCCAUCCGGCUGAAUGCAUUGGGACUCUCACUACAGGAGGAGGCUGUUCUAAGAGGCAUCGUAACAAUGUGCCCAGAUCAGUGUGAGUUGAAGGAUAGAGCCAAAGUGGAGUGCAUUCAGGAGAAGCUGUUUGUGUGUUUACAACACAUGUUGAAUGUUCGCCACGGAGGGACGGGAAACCUGCUCUACAAGAUCAUGGACAUUAUCACUGAAAUGCGCAUUUUGACGGAAGGCUUGUCUCAGUUCGCUAGAGGUGCCUUAAAAGACAUGAACCCUCAUUUCAAGGAGAAAUUCUCAUUGUUAAGAGAAUUUAUGAGCUGAAUAUUGAAUAAGAUCAAGUGUGGUCAGACAAUGUAAUGUGAUCGUCUAGCUUUAAGUUAAUUAAUUCUUAAUGUAAUAUUAAGUUUGUGUGUUGUAAGUCAAUUGCUUGACAACUCAUAUUUUCAAGUAAAGAGUUACUAUUUUCAUCUUUUGUUCCUUUUAAAUCAUUUGUAUUCACAGGACAGUCAGCGUUUGAAAUGUACUAAACUAGGGUUAGCUUAGUUAAAAUGACUCUUACGGUAUUUAAAUCAAUAUAUGUACACAUGUAUAACAAAUAUAAUUUUUUAGUGAUACCCCUUUACUACUUACUAAAUAAUGCGUUUAAGGAAAAUAAUACUUACUGAUAACAAGAUUGUAACCGUAUACAUAUUUAAUAGCUAAAAAUACACAAAUAUUAAAUGACUGGUUGGAUUUAAAUGAGUACCAGUGAUGAACUAUCGUCUCAUAAGGUAGAAAAAUCAGAAUGUUAAAUGUAAAUAUGUAUUAUUAUGUUUUGAUAAUGACAUGACCUGCAUGGCAAAAGUGUAUCUGAAUUAAAAUAAAAUAUGUUCAAACUUAAUAUAAAAACUGCAUUUCUAAUAUAUCUCAUUAAAAUCUGUUAUAUUCAAUAGUUUGUAUUUUGUUUAUUUUAUUGUAAAUGAUUAAAGGAAUAACUUUAUAAAGUAUUUAAUCCAAAAGAUAUAAAAACAAUAUAUAUUGAGCAUCUCCCACGUGAUUUGCCUCGAUGAACAUGAAGCGAAACCCGUCUGCAAACUACAAAUAAAAAAUGAUAAACCCAUGUAAUGUCGUCUACUUUUUAUUUAUAAUUUUCAUGAGCCUUUACACUUUUUGAGCCCCUCUAAUUGGGUUAGAGCCAUAUGCCGAGUAGACUUCAUUAUGUAGGUUAUCAAUCUUAUACUGGUUUAAGUCUUGGAAGUCUUCUUGUACAUAAUAGCCGUUCCAGUAUUUCCACUGCAUUAUGUAUUAAAUGAGUAAAUAUAUAGCUUGAUACUGACGUUAACUUCAAGUUU